AUUGAUGCAUGCCUCAGGAUAUGGGGCAGUAUAGGUCCAUUAUAAAAGGCAGCCCAGCUCCUUGCUUUCUCAUCCACUACUCUAGCCACCUUCUUCUUCGGAGCCAGGUGCACAUUCAUCCCCGAGACAUGUCCUGCUGCAACCCAUGCGUGCCAUGCCGGCCCUGUGGCCCAACUCCUCUGGCCAGCAGCUGCAAUGAGCCCUGUGUCAGGCAGUGCCAGGACUCCAUCAUUGCCAUUGAGCCCUCUCCCGUGGUGGUGAUCCUGCCCGGACCCAUCCUCAGCUCCUUCCCACAGAACACUGUUGUGGGAUCCUCCACCUCCGCUGCUGUUGGCAGCAUCCUCAGCUGUCAGGGAGUGCCCAUCACCUCGGGCGGCUUUGACCUCUCCUGCAUUUCCAACCGCUACUGUGGCAGAAGGUGCACCCCCUGCUAAAGGUGCUGGACACUGCCCCGGACGACGACCCCCACAAUCUCAGGACAUGGUGCUGGACAGAAGAACAGACUCUGUGCUGCUGUUUUCAGAGUAGAUGACCAUGUCUGGCUUGCCCUGUCAGCACAGACAGGAGGGGCCAGCCUGGCUUCUCUGACAACAUGGCCAGUGUCUACCAAUACUCUCUUCCACUCACUCUUUCUCACUCUUCUCUUUGCUGUCUUCUGCUCUCCCCAAAGCUCUCUUUGAAGGUCCCAGAAACCAGAUGAGUGACCUGCCAGCCUCUCUCCUUUGAUGAGCACUUAGGUGGGUGUCCCGUGGCAACUCUGCCAUGGGAAAAGGGCAACAGAUUCUUCUCUGCUCCUGCUGCUCCUGGCACUCGGGGCCUCCACUUGGAGUGAUGCCAUUUCCCUCCUCUGAUUCAAUAAACCUUUGCUGCAUCCUU